AUGACUUUGCCCUGGAGUGAGAAGCCCCCGGAUUCGAGGAUUCCGUAUGCGAUUCCUCAAUUGGAGGGCGAGCGCAUCACUAUCCCCGGCAGCAAGGGUGUCUUUCGCAUUCUGGCGUCCGCGAAACAAACCAAUGGGUUGAUGGCCGUCUUCCAGAGCGGCGCGGUUCUCUCGGACGCGCCGGGCUUCCAUUACCAUAACCACGCCCAUGACGUGUUUCUAGUGACGAAAGGGUUUCUGAAAUUAUGGAACGGGGACAGGUGUCGGAUCAUGGGCCCGGGUGACUUUGCCUACAUUCCUCCGACAGUGAUUCACAACCCUGUAAUGCUAGGUCCCCAUACGGAGCUCUACGGUUUAAUUACCCCCGGCGAUUGGGUGGAUUUCUUCCGACACGUCUCCGAGCCUUACGAGGGGAUCCUCGUCCCGGAGAACGACGACCGCGACCUCAAGUCCCUCCUGAUCCCCAAGGUGAUGGCCGCUAAAGAGAAAUUCGACGUGGUCUUCCAACCCGACUACCAGCCCCCAGAAGUAAGCGAAUGGACCAAGGACGACGAGACGCUGCCCGAGUCAUCGCAGCCCUUCUUCCUACGGGCCAACACCGGCCCGCGAUGGAUGCUGGGAGGCGUGAUGUCGCGACCCUUUGUCACCACGGCGCAGAGCAACGGUGUCUGCGCGAUCUCCAGUAUUGAGUCAUCGAGCGUCUACCCCACCGGGAAUGCGCUGUUCGCGAAGUAUAUGACCUUUGCGAAUGUAGAUCACUGUCUGUGUGUUAUGGAGGGAAAGCUGGUGGUUUCUCUGAAAGAGUCGGGGAGGUCGUUGGUGCUGCGCGAGGGGGAGACGAUUGUGAUUCCGGCGGGGGAGGCGUUCUCGCUGCGUUUUGAUAGUCGAUAUGUGCGAGUCUGGUCAUUUACGGACGGCGAUGGCAUCGAGUCGUUGGUUCAUCGGUUGGGCACGCCGUUCGAGGGUGUGGUUCUGCCGGAUGAGCAGCAGACGUGGGAUUUGACGCGGGGGCGAGCGGUCAUAGCGGAGUUGGGGGUGGAGAUGGACCUGGAGACUCGUACUGCAGCUGAUGACCCGGUUACACCCCGGGCCAAGCGGCCGCGCGCUGCGCAAGCUUGCGACCGGUGUAGAUUAAAGAAAUACAAAUGCGACGAGCUCUAUCCGUGCUCGCACUGUAAGAGUGACUACGUCCAGGACCUGGAGAAAAAAGUCAACGAGCUCACCGCGAAGCUCCAUCUGGCCGAGUCGGAGAUUGCCUCGCAGCAAUCCUCCCAGUCGCACAGGGUGGUGUCGGAAUCUGCAGAUCGACCGAUCCCGCAGGCCAGUAUAGACGCGACGCCAUGUUCCAUGCCCCCGAAUCCGUCGACGCCGCGAGAAGAAGUGCCGCUGGCCUACGAGAACUCUGACGAAGCUGGAGACGCUAUUGACGACGGUAUUAGUGAGCUGAAUCAUCACACCAAAGGCAUCGAGUAUCACGGUAGUACAUCGUCUGCAGCAUUGAUAGGACAUCUACAGAAGGCACGGGGUCCUAAACUGCCCGAGGAAGAACGCUGGAAUACCCGCCCCAAUGGGCCGGAGUUCUCAUUGAUCUCGACGCUUCACAACUCGAGUUUUUCGCCCUCAUGCACGGCUGGUCCGGCGCACCAUGUGACUUUACACCAACAGGAUUAUUAUUUCGAGCAGGCCCAUGCUUUUAUGAACGGGUACUUUGAGAAUAUUCAUUUCAUCCAUCCGUUGAUAGACAAGGAGGACUUCUACCAACGGGCUCACGACCUGUGGCUGAACCGGGACCAGCAGCCGGAACCAAGUUUUGUCGCUCUGUAUCUGAGUGUCCUUUCGUUCGGUGCUCUUGUGCGCGUGUGGGACGAGGAGAGGCUCGGUGGCCUGACGCGGUUUGAAUGGAGUCGGAAGCUGUUUGGCGAGGCGCAGAUGUACCUGAAUUAUCUGCAUUUUUCGAAUAAUCUGGACACUGUUCAGUGUCUGUAUCUGAUGGCAAAAAUCUGCCAGAACGAGCUCAAUCCCAACUUGGCUUAUAUGUACCUGGGUCUGGCCAUCCGGACAUGUCUAGCAGCUGGAUUCAAUCGAGAAGUUCGAAACUCGACAGACCAUCGGUCUGGCUGGAUUUCAAAAACUUGGUGGGGGCUAUUUUCGUUAGAGAUUGAAAUGAGCUUUUCUGUCGGCCGCCCCGACACCCUAGGCAUGGAUGAAUACCACAAUCGCCCGCUCCCUGAAAGGGACGAUUCCGAGUACGCCAUCAUUCCCUGGAUGGUGGAGUUUGCACAGAUCAUCCGAAAGGUCUCGGUGCAAAUCUAUCAUUCUCGCAUCACCCUGCAGGAGAAGCUGCAGAUAGCCCUCCAAGUCGAGUCUGAAUUGGACCGAUGGAUGGCAAAGCUGCCGGACAGCAUUAAGCCAGAUAUCAUGAGACAGCCAGCCGCAGGGAGUACACUCCGGGAUCCGAAAUGGGCGCGAAGGCAGCGAUUGGUCCUGGGGAUUCGCUACUAUAACGUGAAAAUGCUGCUGUUCCGCCCAUUCCUGAGCCACUUCACCCGAAAACUACGACACACGCCAACCGAGCUGGAGGAAACGAUCGCCAAGUGCCUUGAUGCAGCCAUGAGGACAAUAGAAGUGAUCUAUGACAUCUACCGCAUCCAUACAUUCUUCCGGUGCUGGUGGUACAAUGUGACAUACGUGAUGUUCGCCACCUCAACGCUCCUCCUUCCCAUGUCCAAGCUUGGCAUGUGCGCCGAGACCAUCCCGUUACGGCGAUCCGUCGAAAUGGCGGUGGAGAUCCUCGAGGCCAUGGACGAGUCUGUCGUUGCACGGAAGUCCGUCGACAUCAUCAAGCAUUACCUGCGCGAGUUCCGGGCCUCCGACGUCCAGUCAGCGUCCGUGGGCGGCGCUAGCAUAGAGAGUAAUACUGCGACGUUUGCCUCCGAGACGGUUCCUAGCCAGGGAGGGUUUGACAUCCCGGAAUGGGCCUACGGAUUCGGGUUCCCCGAUUGCUCGUUCGAAGGGAUUGCCCGGCUUUUCGAUGACUUGGGCGGGCUGCCCAUGUUGGACAAUUAAAUUAGACGAUGAUGACGGUUCCAAUGUACAAUAUGCUAUUAUACUUUCUACGAUACUCUAUUUGCUUGACGAAUGGUUACUCUCUACCGUCAAUUUCUAGCUGGACCUGGAAUACACAGCCGCAGAAAACGCCAAACCCUGAUUCAUCCCUU